AUGCACUGCCUCUGCGACGGGUGCACGCCCAAGGUGAGCUCCGCCCUGAACAACCUCGCGCUGGCACCGGGCGUGGUGGCGGUGCUGGAACGGUCGGCGACGGAGGACACCGAGGAGGUGCGCCUGCUGGCAACGGCCGACCCCGAGCGCCUCCGCAAGAGCCUCCACGAGGCCACCGGCAAGAAGAAGGCGGUGCUUCUCUCUGGCCGCCUCGUCACCAUCAUGCACAUCACCCCGCACUGCAUCGAGAUGCACAGCAAAAUCCACAUCCUCACCUUCAUCCAUGGACUGCCUCGCGCAACACUGGCCACCGAUAAACCAUAG